AUGUAUGUUCACUUUAAGAGAGAGAGUGUUUUUCCGAAUUUUAAAGUACAGCCACAGCAGCCAGCAAAAAGUCAGGGAUUCACUCAGUCACCUGACCUUGAGAAACAUGAACGCACUCACACAGGCGAGAGGCCAUACACCUGCCCCAAGUGUGGGAAGGGCUUCAGUGACUCCUCCACCCUAUCAAGACACCAGCAAGCUCACACUGGCGAGAGGCCAUUCAUCUGUCCGGAGUGUGGAAAGGGAUUCAAACGGUCAGCCCACCUGCUGAGACACAAGCAAGUUCACACUCAGGAGAAGCCAUUCAUCUGCCCUGAGUGUGGGAAGGGAUUCAGUGACUCAUCCUACCUGCUGACACACCAGCGAGUUCACACUGGGGAGAGGCCAUUCCCCUGCUCUGAGUGUGACAAGGCAUUCGCUCAGUUAGCCAACCUCCGGGCACACCAACUGGUUCACACUGAUAAGAGACCUUUCAAAUGCUCACAUUGUGAGAAAAGCUUUAAACGCAGACGUGAAAUGCUGACACAUGAACACGUCCACAUUGGGGAAAGGCCAUUUUCCUGCUCUCUGUGUGGGAAACGAUUUGUCCAUUCAAAAAAUCUUCUGAAACACCAGCGAAUACAUAGUGGUGAGAAGCUGUUACCUGCUCCCUCUGUGGGAAAGGAUUUACUCAGUCAUCUCAACCUCUGA